AUCAAUGUCUUGUCUGGAUUCAACCGUCACCAGCGGUAUUCCUGCUUCUCCUCCUCCAGAAACCUCCUUGUUUAUUCCAUGUGGCAUCACUGAAAAAUGCUCAAUCGAACCUGCCUUUAACCUUGUUUCUAGUCCUCUCUCUAAUACAACUCAAAAAUACACUGUUCUUCCUUCUCCUACAUCCUCUCCUAUUAUGACUGUCGUUUCUGAUGCUACUCAAGAGUCUAAAGACAUCUCAUCGUUAAUCAUCCUGCCUGCUGCUGAAUUGGUCCAAACUCAUUCAUCUCUAGAGGUCUUGGAUGCUUCUCCCUGCUCUUUGGUCCCUGCGAGUCCUGUCAGCCCUGUUCAUCCUUCAUCUUCCACUUGUAGUAAUAACUCGGUUUCAUUCAUUGCUCUGAAUGCUCCAGCUGAUGAGAUUCAAGACUCGUCUGUCCAGCUCUCUCCUGCUGUUAGUCGUCGCAUUGUUGUUACCUUCAAUCCCCUAGUUGCUGUCGCUCAGACUUUCCACAAGGAUGACUAUGACCGCUCGUCUAUUAGUGUUGCUCCCUUGCUUCGUCAGGACAUUAUAGAGCUGCUGACUUAUCGUGCAGAGAUGUUGCAUGUUACUCGACAACUCACUGCUUAUCGUGACCAGCUUAUCAUGGAGAAACAGCGUAUGUAUUUUAUGAAGUUACAGCAACAGCAGCAUCAAGUGAUGCAGCAGCAACUACAGCAGGCAUGGUGGAUGCAACAACAGCAGCAGCAACAGCGUCAUUUCCAAAUGCAUCCAUCUCAACCCAUGUACAAUCAAACACCCAUGCUGGAUUUUAUUCCUACUAGAAACCUGUCCAGCACCAAUAACCAGGAUAUGUUUGAAGCAUUCAAUCCUACUAUAGACACUCUGCAGUAUAGACCUCCUCAUACUAUUAGCCCCAUUUACAUGUCUGAUCCUCACUAUAAUCAGAUGUUCAAGGACAAUUCUUCUGUAGUACCUCCAUUCAGUCUCUCUGGAUCCUCUACUUACUACAACUGAAUAUCCCAUUCUCUUGUAUCAAGUCUACUUGAUUCAUAAAACAAUCCUUCUUUUCUGGAUAUGUACACUCCAAUCAUACCUAGACUUUGUUCGUACGCUUCUACACUUUCUUUUAUACUUUUUCUUUACACUGUUUCUUGUUUCCAAUUCUGCUGUUUUCUUUGAACUACCACCCAUCAUUUAUACAAUUUCUUUCUACAACCUGUUCUUAUUUGUAUAGGAAUAUGUUGGUGCUCGUGUUCACCCUUGUCCUGUUCCUAAUAUAUAUACUCUGGUCUUUGUGCAAGCCUUUUAUGGCAGUAUCCUUGAGUUGUAUUAUUUAGAAUGAACUUUGUUUCUAUUUCAAAU